AUGGGAGAUGUACACUAUGAUCCGAUCGGGCGACCAUUUUCUCCCAAACUUGUGUUUUUCGAAGAUGUUGUUGCCCUGCAACACUGGCUUGACCAGCGGUCGUGGAAACCAACGAACGUUGAUGGCGUUACUAUCUACGGCUACGCCCUUUACGCUCAUAAUGUCGGCCAUGUUAUGUACGACGCUCUCUACCCGCUGUUCGUGUCGAUGAUCCGCUUUGGGUACGGCGAUGCUGAUGUGAAUGUUCUUAUGAAAGUUGAGGACCGCUUUAAUGGCAAGAAGUUCCUCUGCGACGAAUUUUGGCCUAAAUUUGGUGGCGGCAAAUACAGCCGUUUGAACGACUUGACACGGCCUAUCUAUCGCUUUCAAAGAGUUAUUGUUGGCUCACGUAAAAUGGCCCAUAGGAGUUUCAAUACUGAUACUACCAUGCCUGGAUCUUAUACUUAUGAGAAUUCCCUAUACAUGUACACACAGCGCAUUCUUGCCCGGUAUGGCAUCAACGAUGUUGCUUCUUCAAGAGGCAGUAGUGUGGUCCCGAUUGACCACGGUGAAAACGGUUGUCGAGGCGUUAUCGUUGACAAUAAGAGGUUUACUGAUACUGAACGGGCUAUGCUCGAAUCGAUCGCUGCUCAUUCGGCUGAAGAUCUCGACUGUGACAUUACGUUCAUACG